GUCGAAUGAUCGCCCCCCUGAGUUUAAGUUUAUUUUAAAUUCUUUGCAUGUAUCUACCUAGGUACAAUACCGUCGCACAUACACUAGGUGCAGCAGCAGCAACUUACAGUUUUCGGGAAGCUGUAACUAACUGAUUUCGCAUUUAACUUUUUUUUUUUUUCUCAUACUGAUUAAAGACAUAGGAUGCUAACCUACCCUUUCCAAUGUCUUUCCUCAUGUCGUCGGCACGCCGACUUUCAUAUCCCGUCCUCAUCGCCGUAAGCGCUCUUUUGGUCAUUUCGGUAUACCUUCUCUCCACCAGGGGAGAGGGAGUACCAUACCUCAACUCCCCCGGAAGCACAACAACAACCCCACAGCCCGAGCUAGCAGAUAUCGAUGAUAUUCGCAACAAUACUCUUGGCUUCGAAAAGAUAUUCGUCAUUGGUCUGCCGUCUCGCACAGAUCGCCGCGAUGGAAUGAUACUCCAGACAGCCCUCAGUAACUUCGAGUUCGAGUUCAUAGACGGCGUCGAUGGCAAAGAUAUACCUGACAAGGCCAUCCCGACCAGUCAUGAACUUAACCGUUUAGAUAAUCCCACCUUGGGAGCCUGGCGGGCGCACAUUAAUGCAAUUCAAGAAGUUGUUCGGAGAAAUCUGUCGUCGGCGUUAAUCAUGGAAGACGAUGCCGACUGGGAUGUCAGGAUUAGAGAGCAGAUGCACGACUUCGCCUUGUCGGCACAUGCUCUGACGCAGCCUUUAACAGGCUCGUCCAAGUUUACCGACCCAACCUUCCCCGAAGCCAAGAACGGUCCUUCGGCCGUUCCGGACCUUAUAUUCGGUAAAUUACCCGCCACGGCGGCUCCGAAGAAAUCCCCGUAUGGUGAUAAUUGGGACGUGCUCUGGCUUGGCCACUGCGGAAUGCAUUUCCCAUUCCCGGAUAAGAAAAUCGUACCCAAGGGCCGGGUGGUGCGCCCCAACGACGUUACCGUCCCUCAGCACAAGCAUCUAUGGUCUAUCUACGAGCCAAGUGACCUAAGACAACAGUAUCCGAGCCACACAAGGGUUGUCCACCACGUGCAAGACGGCGUCUGCUCUCUGGCAUACGCGGUCACGCAACAAGGUGCGCGGAAACUUCUAUACGAGCUCGGGUUGAAGGAUAUGAACUCGGCCUUCGAUAUCGAGCUGAGGUGGUUCUGUGAAGGGACUGGGGAGCCCGAUCGAGGUCACCACAACUGCUUAACUGUAGAACCGUCACUGUUCCAGAUUCAUCUCCCAGCCGGCCCGAAGAAGAGCAACAGCGAUAUCUCAGAUCACGGCGAGGGUCUCCAAGAGAAAAUGACCAAGGUGCUAAGAUAUAGCGUGCGGAUGAAUGCCGAGGCGUUAAUGGAUGGACGGUUAGACCAGCUCGUGGACCAGUGGCCAGAUUCAUGAGCCCGCCAGAUUACAUUACUACAACUUACAAAUCUCAUCUGGUAAACUUCUAGAUAUGCCUCGUCGCGGCGAAUAAACGAGAAAGGGGAAGCCACGCAUCGACUUGAGUCCCCAUUAGCCUUCAGGCUUCCGAUACAAUGGAAACUAGAAUUCGCAACCCGCCCACGCCUCCGGAAGCCCACCUCUGGCGGUUCCUGCACGAUAGCAACGACUCUUGAGAAACGGCAGUGCCCAUAAGGUACUACUACACGGGUCGUUAAGAUACCUGAUAGAGUCGAACAUCGGUUCUAUGUUCUCGUCUUCUACAUUUGUCACUGCGAAUCUAUUUAGAUGGCAAUUGUUGGCGACGGCGUCAGGCGGGGUGGAGAAAAGGGCAUCAGAGAAAGUUUUACGUAUACUUGGGC